AUGAGUACUAAGAAACCUGUUGUGCAGCCUCCGUGGCUCAAACCUGUGCCCUCGUCGGUCCCAAAGCCCGUGUUGAAGAUCUACAACUCGCUAACCAGAUCAAAGGAGGAGUUUAUUCCUUUGACUCACAACCAUAUCACUUGGUACUGCUGUGGUCCUACCGUGUACAACCACGCCCAUAUGGGCCACGCUAGAAACUACGUUUGCUCGGACAUCUGCAGACGUAUUCUCCAGGACUACUUUGGCUACAACGUCAAUUUCGUCCAGAAUGUCACUGACAUUGACGAUAAGAUUAUCAUCGCUGCUCGUCACGAGUAUCUUUUUGAAGAGAAGAUUGCAAAGGUGUACACCGAGAAAACUCCACAAUUGUUGGAAGAGGUCAAGCAGUACCUCUCUGAUUACGUGCAGAAGAACUUGCCCGGCUUUUCUGGUUCUGUGGACACCGAAUUGGUGCCAUGGAUCAAGUCAUUGGACCUUCUGGCGUUGGCGGUAGAAACUCCUAAGUUGCCUAUGUACUGUAAGGCUGCUGAGACUGCCCACGGUGCCAUCUAUGGUAGCUCGACUUUUUCUGAGUUUCUAGCCGCCGUCGAGGACGUUUCCGUGCCUAGUCUUGAUAAGAAAUUCGGUUCUUCCGUCACAGACCCAAAUAUCUUCAAGAAGUUGCCAGCAUUCUGGGAAAACAAGUUCAACCAGGACAUGGACAGACUCAAUGUGCUCCCACCCAAUGUAACCACGCGUGUGUCCGAAUAUGUGCCCGAAAUUAUCGACUUUGUCGACCGCAUCAUCGCCAAUGGCUACGCCUACUCCACCACAGAUGGCUCAGUGUAUUUCGAUACCAUUGCGUUCGAGAAUGCCCCUAACCACGACUACGCCAAGUUGCAACCUUGGAACAAGGGCUCCAUGGACCUCAUCAAUGAUGGUGAGGGCUCAUUGUCUUUGGGAGAAUCUACUAAGAAAAGCGCCACAGACUUCGCCUUGUGGAAGGCCUCCAAGCCAGGUGAACCAGCAUGGGACUCCAAGUGGGGUCCAGGAAGACCAGGUUGGCACAUUGAAUGUUCGGUUAUGGCAUCCGACAUUUUGGGAGAAGUGAUUGAUAUUCAUUCCGGAGGUGUGGACUUAUGUUUCCCUCACCACGACAACGAGUUGGCACAGUCUGAAGCAUGCUUCAACAACCAGCAGUGGAUCAAUUAUUUCAUGCACAACGGCCAUUUGCAUAUCCAGGGCCAAAAAAUGUCCAAGUCCUUAAAGAACUUCAUCACCGUGGAGGAGGCCUUGCAGACAUUCACUCCUAGACAGCUCCGUCUUGCGUUUGCUAUUGGUUACUGGGACAAGCCAAUCGACUUCAAGGAUGCCCUUAUCUCUGAGGUCAAGGCUUAUGAAUCGACCUUUUCCAAGUUUUUCACCACCGUCAGAGCCUUGAACUCCGACUACAAGCAUUCUGUUUCUGAAGGUGUUCACAUCUCUAAGAAACUCUCAGACGUGGAGAAAUCGCUUUUGCAGGAAUUGACAACUGCCCAGACAGAGGUCCAUUCUGCAUUCUGCGACAACUUGGCUACUCCAGACGUGGUGAGAGCACUCAGCGAUUUGGUUUCUAAAGCCAACAUGUAUAUUCAGAGUACGGUGACUGGCAACGUGUCGUUACGUAUUGAGCCACUUCUUGCCAUCACCAAGUGGAUUUCCAAGAUGUUGGAUGUUCUUGGUUUCGAGGCUAGAUCCGACAAGCUCGGAUGGGUUGAUGGUGGAUCUGCAGAGGCAGGUGCCGCAUCAAAGGAAGAUGUUGCCAUGCCAUAUGUCAAAGCUUUAUCUCAAUUUAGAGACAAUGUGCGUGAGCUCGCUAUCUCCAAGGCCGAGCCAUCCUCGUUCUUGACAUUGUCAGAUACGUUGAGAUCGGACUUGAUCAACUUGGGAAUCUCGUUGGAUGACAGACCCACGGGUGGAGCAUUGGUGAAGUUUUUGAAUGAGCAGGAGAAAGAGGAGUUCAUCAAGCAGCAAAGAGCCAAGGAGCAGCAAGCGCUUGAAAAGGCCGCUAAGAAACAGCAGCAGGCCGAGGCCGCCGCCAAGAAGGAGCAGGAACGCUUGGAGAAGAUGAAAGUCAACCCUAAGGAUUUGUUUCAGGACAAGAGUUUGUAUUCUGAGUGGGACGAGCAGGGACUUCCUACCAAGAGUGCUUCGGGUGAGGAGGUGACCAAGAGCAUGAGGAAGAAGUUAAUGAAGCAGUACCAGCAGCAGGAGAAACUUUAUGGUGAGUGGUUGAGCAAACAGUAG